GCAUGGAAGCCGUAUAAAUACAGGACGCUCAGCAGCUGCCUUCAUUUCUUCUCGAGUUUCCGGUUGUUUCGCGUGUGAUUGAGUGAUUACAGCAUCAUGCCUGAGCCAGCCAAAUCCGCUCCCGCGGCCAAGAAGGGCUCCAAGAAGGCCGUCACCAAGACGCAGAAGAAGGGCGACAAGAAGCGCAAGAAGAGCCGCAAGGAGAGCUACUCCAUCUACGUCUACAAGGUGCUCAAGCAGGUCCACCCGGACACGGGCAUUUCCUCCAAGGCCAUGAGCAUCAUGAACUCCUUCGUCAACGACAUCUUCGAGCGCAUCGCGGCCGAGGCUUCCCGCCUGGCGCACUACAACAAGCGCUCCACCAUCACCUCCCGGGAGAUCCAGACCGCCGUCCGACUCCUGCUGCCCGGAGAGCUGGCCAAGCACGCCGUCUCCGAGGGCACCAAGGCCGUCACCAAGUACACCAGCUCCAAGUGAAUCUCGCCUCCUCACAUACCCAAAGGCUCUUUUAAGAGCCACCCACUUUUUCAGAAAAAGAGCU